UUACAGGUAAGUGGCGCGCGGCGUUCCCUGUCAAAAAAAGUGCACCUGGCCGUAACAACAUAUUGCGUCUUAGGAAAAGGGAGCUUGAGACCUUUGAAGAGCAAUGUGGUUUCAGCAGUUUACUUUCCUGACUUACUGCAUCUUUUACUUCAUACCGAGGGAAGGUGAAGCAGUGUCACCACAUGUGCGUUGCUCAUCAAUGCCGACAGAAGAUGAUGAGUGUCAAAGCCCGAUUCAUAAAUGGUAUUAUAACCGAAAUAAAGGCGAAUGCGAAAAUUUUAUGUAUGGAGAUUGUCCACGGGAUGAAAACAUGUUUGACAGCAAGGAAGAGUGCAAGAAGAAUUGCAUGACAAAGGGGCUUCAGAAGAAAGAGGAGGGUGGUUCACCUUCCAAGGGAUCUAAAAGGCGUAAAAGACCAUCGAAGACAGAAGGCUCAUCCGAGGAAACAAUGGGCGGAGGAGCCAAGGGUUGGAGACCAGACGCAGGGUCAGGAGAGCAGGAGACGGCCACCGGCAGCGCGCCUGUCAAACGGCCCGGGGGCGGCAGAGCGCCAGGGAAGUUUGGAGGCUUGAGCGGGGGAUACAACACAAGACCAAAGAGACGUCCUACACCAUAUAGGCCAAGACCCGUACGCAGGAGGACACCCCAGCCACUUCCACCUAAAGCAACCUUGGGCAGCGGACACUGCGGAGCGAGACCACGAAAAGGAAACUGCGAGGGCAGUAAUGACAAGUGGUAUUACAAUGGAGCUUUCUACACUUGCAGCCGUGUGAGGGAAGGAAUGUGCCCAACCGUUGGCACAUUCUUCGAAAGCUGUGGGGCGUGCUUUGAUAAAUGCCGAAUGGGCAGGAACAACAACUGCGACUACCAGAAAUGAAGACGCGGCACAAGACGACAAGAGGCUUAGACGCCGUGGCUUAUUCCGCAAUUUGCUACCUACUGAAAAAAUAAAGUGAAAAUUUCAAAUAAAUUGUAGAUUAUGA